AUGAUUGCCAUGGCCAAGGUGGACCAGGCGGCCUGUUUCUGUGCUAUAAAGGUCUAUGACUCAUUAAAUCUAGAAAUGUUCCACAGUUCCAAUGGCUGGUGUCAACAUCCCGGGCCCAGCGCAGUGUGCAGCGACUGGAGUGAAGCAGCAUCAUGUCUGGUCAAAGGCGGAGCAAAGCGGCACCGCAAAGUGCUUCGCGAUAACAUCCAGGGCAUCACCAAGCCAGCUAUCCGCCGCCUGGCUCGGCGUGGUGGGGUCAAGCCGAUCUCGGGUCUGAUCUACGAGGAGACCCGCGGGGUGCUGAAGGUUUUCCUGGAGAAUGUGAUCAGGGACGCGGUCACCUACACCGAGCACGCCAAGCGCAAGACGGUCACUGCCAUGGAUGUGGUGUACGCUCUGAAACGACAGGGCCGAACUCUCUACGGGUUCGGCGGCUCGGCGCGGAAGAGCGCUCCAGCCACGGGCGGAGUGAAGAAGCCUCAUCGCUACAGGCCCGGCACCGUGGCUCUGAGGGAGAUCCGGCGCUACCAGAAAUCCACCGAGUUGCUCAUCCGCAAACUGCCCUUCCAGCGCCUGGUGCGGGAGAUCGCUCAAGACUUCAAGACAGACCUGCGCUUCCAGAGCUCGGCCGUCAUGGCCCUGCAGGAGGCCAGCGAGGCUUACCUGGUGGGGCUCUUUGAGGACACCAACCUAGUGGGAUGGGUCUUCAUGUCUGGCAGAGGGAAAGGAGGCAAAGGAUUAGGCAAAGGAGGAGCAAAGCGGCACCGCAAAGUGCUUCGCGAUAACAUCCAGGGCAUCACCAAGCCAGCUAUCCGCCGCCUGGCUCGGCGUGGUGGGGUCAAGCGGAUCUCGGGUCUGAUCUACGAGGAGACCCGCGGGGUGCUGAAAGUUUUUCUGGAGAAUGUGAUCAGGGACGCGGUCACCUACACCGAGCACGCCAAGCGCAAGACGGUCACUGCCAUGGAUGUGGUGUACGCUCUGAAACGACAGGGCCGCACUCUCUACGGGUUCGGCGGCUAAAUAACUAUCCCCUUUAUUCCAACACAAAACAAAGGCUCUUCUAAGAGCCGCCCACAACCUCACAGAAAGAGCAGAGACUAGGGAAUUGGAAUA